AUGGAUUCAGGAGACCAGGACGGUGGCAGCAGCAACGGCGGUGGCGGCAGCGGCGGCCUUCUCACGCUCCAGCUGAUCCAGGCCGUCCACUCGUGCAAUGAAUAUACGCAGAGUCCUGCGACCUGGUCCGCAGUGAGGCCUGAGCCGGCCUCCUGCAUGGCGAUGGGGGUGAAGCCGGGCGAUCCGAAGGACACCGAACGUUCUUUAUGUCUGCUUGAAGGAUCCACCGAUGCUGAACCUUUGGAUGCACAAAAGGGCAGCGAAAGCGUGACUGGAGAUCAGCUGAGAGGAUCAGACAAGCUAAGGCUUCUGGGAAAUGUUGUGGAAACCGUAGCUGUGAUAGAGACGCAACCGACGAGCUGCCGUUUCGAACAGGACGAUCUGGAGCUGCAGGGAAGUCCUUCCUCCAAACCCAAGUGUCCUAAAAAUGAAGGCGAUUUAGAGGCAGCGAUACAGGAACAGCCGAGGAGCCUCGAAUUAAACAAGGAGGCCACGAAGCUGCUCGUGAGCGCCUCGCCCGAGGAAAACCUGGUCAAACUGGAAUCGAAAGAGCACCUGAAAAAGUCACCCCGGACGCACCCGUGGCCCUGCGACAGCUGCGGACGCUGCAGGUGCAAACGAUGCGCCAGCGCCGCCCCGCUCCCACUCCCCUCGUGCCUGCUGUGCGGGCAGCGCUGCUUCUGCUCGGCCGAGUCGACCAUAGAUUACGUCACGUGCGCCUGCUGCCUCAAGGCUCUGCUGUACCACUGUGGCAGCGACGACGAGGACAGCAGCGCCGACGCUCCGUUUUCCUGUCGCAGGCAAAACUGGUGUAAGAGAUGGAGCGCCACGGCGGCCGUGACGCUCGUCCUGCCGUGCCUGCUGUGCUACGGACCGCUGCGAGGAUGCCAAGCGCUCUGCCAACUCUGCUACAACUGUGUCAACCGGCCUGGCUGCCGAUGCAAAAACAUGAAGACAGAGCUGUAGAGGGAGGGAUGGGUGUACCAGGGAUCUUCAAAAAGUUUCCACACUUGUAUAUUGUGGUUAUAAGCGGUAAGGGUGGAGAAGGAGGAAUUGGUCGUGUCUGAGAGACGCUUAUAGUCCGGAUUUAGCUCCAUCUGAUUUCCACCUUUCUGGACGCUGAAAGAAGCUUUAAGGGGAAGAAGAUUUUCAUGUGAUGAUGAUGUGAAAGCAGCAGCGCAUUAGUGUUUUAAAAAUAAAUAGA